AUGUUUCACAAAUCGAAAGUCAUCAAGAAGAAAAGAACCCAGGAACUCUCGUUGAAAGCACGAAUUGCCGAGGGGAAAUUCGUUUGGAGAGAUAUGACCACCGUUUUCUCUGCCGAAUGCAGUGGAGUAUUUUUCGGAGAUGCUGAGAGAACGGAAAAACUGAUAGUAACUGGAGCUGGAGAUUGGGAAAUGUCCAUUCAAAAGAUUCCCAUCCCCACAUUUGACACAAGAGAGGAAUUCGAUCGAUCCGUUUUAAACCCUGGGGAACAGUUGCCCGACGAACCAACGAUUGAAGAGAUCUAUUUGGAAGAUGCUCUCAAAAUGAUCAAUGUGAUCGUUGAAGUGAACGUCGAUUUCUAUCGAGAGCAUUUGGAUGUCCUGGAAAAAGAUCUCGAUGCCGAUUUAGACCUUCAACAAUUGCAGUACUUUUUCAAUGGACCAGGCAACGACCAAGAGUUGCUCUUCAAAGUCUUAACAAAACACGUCGAAGAGGAGAUUCCCGAGAUCGAUCACAAUCUGAUCACCUGGGAAAAACAUUUGAUGGUCUACGAGAUGAGGAUCGUGUUAAGAGAUGGCAACACAUGGCGGGCCACUUGUCGUCGUGGAGAGAACUAUUUCCUUUUGUCUUUUGAUACUUCG